GCCCCCGCAGCCGGUGCAAAUGUGAACAUUGACGAGAUUUGAUCCCUCUGUACUUAUAUAGGAUUAAUUUUGAGAACCGAUUCUAUAUCCCGACGACCUCCUCAUCAGGCAGAAGUCUGCGUCGGUCUGCACACUUCGCGAUGCGGUCCAUCAGCAAAUUCGCCAAGCUAGAGGAAAAGGUGGACAGACAGCUGAAGUUGCAAUUCCCAAUUCCUGAUGACCACAAGGAAGCCUCGGCCUGGGACAACAAAGAUGAGUGCUGCAGCGUCUGCAAGCUGUACAUUGGCGACGUUGAGAGCAUGCAGGAGCACAUUCGAAAGGAGCACCCUGAGAGCCUCAAGUGCAAAAUCUGCAAAGAAGUCCUGAGCACCAUUGAAAGUCUGAAAAAGCACAUCAUCAACCACAAGAACGGCUAUUUUGAAAAAAGGGCUAAAUUGAUUCCUGUCGUGAUGGUCAAACUGCCCUCCGGCAAAGUAGUUCGCAGACAGAGGUGCACGACGUGCAACAAGUUGGUGAGCAAUCUCAAACGCCACACCGUAGUGGAACACACCAAGGACUACCGGUUCGGCUGCACAGAGUGCGGCAAAAAGUGCCCCCUGGAAGAGGACCUCGCCAGGCACAUCAAAAUCUGUCACCAGAAGGAGUUCCCUCAUCUCUGUAUCGAAUGCGGCAAAAGGUUCUUCAGCAAAACUCUCUUCAGCGCCCACGAACGAAGGCACCGAGGCGAGAAAUUCGCUUUCUGCGACACUUGCGGUGACGGUUUCUACUCGAAGCAAUUGCUGGUUGCUCACAUCCAAUCUCGUCACUUACACACUUCGCGGGACCACCCAUGUGACUUAUGCUGCAAGCGCUACAAAUCUCAAACAGCCCUGCGACACCACCGCAUACUCCACUUUGAUGAGUUCAAGAAGUUCGUUUGCAAUAUCUGCGGCACACGCUUUUUCAAGAUGUGUUUGCUCAACUACCAUGUCAAGCGCGUGCACACAUUGGAGCGGCCGUUCCAGUGCGAAACCUGCGGCAUGGGCUUCAUCUUGCGCAGCGCAAUGGCCACGCAUGCCAUCAGCCACAUGGAUGUAAAGAUGCAUCAGUGCCACUUUUGUCCCAACUCAUAUCGUUGGGCUCAUAGCCUAAAUCGGCACAUGGCAAGCGCACACAGGGACCAGUUGGCUGCCUGGGUGUGCGACCUGUGCGGCGAGGAGUUGCAUUCGGAAGUGUCUCUGAUGAACCACAAAGUAAAAAAGCACCCCUUACCUCAUCAGUUCCUCAUUGCCCCUGAGGAGUUUCGAGAAGUGGGUGGACAAGCAGAGACGAGUUCAUCGGUGGUCUUCUUUUAAUUUUUGUAAAGCAGUAGCUCAUCAGCUUGGGAUAAAUAGUGUCUCAAAAAAUCUGAAUCUGACGAAUUUGGAGAAUAUAUGUAGCUGCCAAAAUUAUUUUAAAUGAAUAUGAAAAAUGUUCUUGAUAAAUACAUUAAAUGAAUUAACUGAACAGCUGAAUU